UUUCCUGUCAUCAUUUACAGAUAUCAUAAAAAAACACAUUGACAUGUCCAGAAAGCUGCUAAGUCUAGUCACCUCGUCGGUGGCAUUGACCAUGAUCCUCCUGUCUACUGCCAACGGAGGUUCUAUCUCUGAAGGGCUCAUGUCGAAAUUGGAAGGGGGGCAAAAAUCCGACGCCAUCCUUGAACUGCCAUCCAUUUUUGGGAACGUGAUUAGUUCAAACCCACUGCUCAAUAUGAUGUCUGGGUUUGCAAAGGUCAACAUGAUGACCUCGUUACUGAAACAAGCUACAUCUGCCUCCCAGGCUCCCUUUAUGAGCGUAAUCUCCUCACUUGGCCUCGCCGAAUCUGCGACACCCUUCUGGAUUUCGAAUGACAUAAAUCUCAAGAAUGUUGAUAUGGAGUCCAUCCAAACAUUGGCUGCGCUACCAGGAGUUUUCACUCUCCGAGAACCUGCCGUAGUUAAAGUCAAUCCUGUCGGGCCUGGAUCCAACGUAGAUUCUGAAACCUUGCACCGAGCUUCUCGCCAAACUCAGGCGCAGUGGGGCGUUAGUAAGAUUCAGGCACCGGCUGUUUGGUCUGCCAGGACGAGGGGAGCAAAUGUAGUGGUAGCAGGAAUAGACACAGGAGUUUACAGGGAACAUGAAUCGCUUAAGGACAACUAUGGAGGCAAAUGGCACGACCCUGUUUAUGGGAACUCAAGCCCCACAGAUGGACAAGGACAUGGAACUCACACUAUGGGGACCAUUGUUGGGCGGUCGUACGGCAUCGGUGUUGCCCCGGAUGCUAAAUGGAUCGCCUGCCGGGGUCUGGACAACAAUGGGCGUGGAAGUGAGUCUUGGCUCAAGUCCUGCGGGCAGUGGGUGCUCCAACAAAAACCACACGUCGUGAGUAAUAGUUGGGGCGGUGGCCAGGGAGCAAAUUGGUACAAUGAUGUCAUCAAUGCCUGGAGGACGGCAGGAAUUAUUCCUGUUUUCAGUAUCGGUAACAGUGGGAGCCAAUGUCGGACCGCGAAUUCUCCUGGGGAUCAAUUGCCAGGAAGUCUCAUUAGUGUUGGGUCCACAAAAUCAGAUGACACCAUGUCCAGUUUCAGCAGCAGAGGGGCCUCAUCUAGUGGGGCUCUGAAGCCUGAGGUUUCCGCACCAGGUGACCAAAUUCCUUCGGCUUACUACACGGGGACGAGUGACUAUGUGUACCUUAGUGGGACCAGCAUGGCUGCCCCCCACGUGGCUGGGGCUGUUGCCUUGAUGCUAUCUGCUAAUCCGACGUGGAAAUACGCUGACGUCUACAAUGCAUUAACGGGACAAUCUGAUAAGCCAGCUACGAACGACUUAUCUUGUGGAAAACCCUCAAGUUCCACGUACCCUAAUAACGCAUACGGAUACGGUAGGAUUAAUGUCAAGCGGGCAUUGGGAUUAUAAACAUGUGCAUUAUCUGUAGUUGGAACUUUAUUAAACUUCAGUUCUGAAUAAUAAAUAUGUAUAUCAGCAAAUGAAAGAAAA